ACGUCGUACAUUGAGGAAAGAAAAGUGGCGAGCUUUAUACGGUGUGAGUAAGUAGUAAAUUCCGUUUCUUUCAUCUUUCAAACCGCACUUAUUAUUCCAAAAAAUAAAAAGCAAAGAGAAAAGAAAAGAACAGCGUGAGAACAGAAACAGUAGAAAGAAGCGUUUCCAAGAAGCUAAGCAACGUACUUAGUUUCGAAGCCAAACGCUAAAAGUUAAGGCGAAUUGCGUCUGGAGUCGGCGAUGGAGAUUUCGACUCCUAGCGCUUCCAAGCAUCUUUCCAUCACGCCAAAUUCUAGGGUUUUGAGAAGCCCUCUCACUGAUGAACAGAUCUGGAAGCGCCUCAGGGAUGCUGGCUUUGAUGAAGAAUCGAUUAAGCACAAAGAUAAGGCUGCGCUUGUAGCUUACAUCGCUAAGCUUGAAGCUGAGAUAUAUGAUCUUCAGCACCACAUGGGCCUUCUCAUAUUGGAGAGAAAGGAAUUGGCUUCCAAGUAUGAACAAGUUAAAGCCUUGGUUGAAUCAUCUGAGCUAAUGCAUAACCAUGAUUCAUCCAUGAAUAAAUCUGCAUUAGCUGAAUCAAGAAAACGGGAAGAAUGUUUGAAAAAGACAAUAGACGUCAAAGAUGCAUGCAUAGGAAGUCUUGAGAAGGCCUUGCAUGAGAUGCGUACGGAAUGUGCUGAAACAAAGGUUGCAGCUGAUAGUAAAUUCACUGAAGCACACCAAUUGAUAGAAGAAGCACAUAAAAAGUUUACGGAGGCUGAAACCAAAGUGUGUGCAGCAGAAUCUUUGCAAGCAGAUGCCAAUCGAUAUAAUAGUGUUGCAGAAAGGAAGCUUCGGGAUGUUGAAGCGCGUGAAGAUAACCUCAGGCGGCAAAUCAUAUCUUUCAAGUCGGAUUGUGAUGAAAAAGAUAAGGAGAUGAAUCUUGAGAGGCAAUCCCUCUCUGAAAGGCAAAAGGUUUUGCAACAAGAACAAGAAAGGUUACUUCAAUCAAAAUCUUUGCUUAACCAGAGAGAGGAUCAUCUUUUUAGUAGAUCUCAGGAACUAAAUCGUCUUCAAAAAGAGUUGGAGGACACAAAGUUGAAAACUGAAAAGGACAAUGAAGCCCUCCAUGACAAGCAAACCAGCCUAAAACUACUGGAGGCCACCCUACUACAACAAGAGGAGGCACUCACUAAAUGGAAAACUGAACUAAACAAGAAAGAGCAAGAGUUGCUUGAAUUUGAAGUGAAACUUUCUACUAGAGAAUCUGAUGAAACUCAGAAGAUUAUAGCUGAUCAGGAAGCUGCAUUGAGAACAAGAAAACAUGAUUUGGAAGUUGAGCUACAAAUGCAACGCAAAUUAGUUGAAAAUGAAAUUGAGACAAAGAGACGGGCUUGGGAAUUGAAGGAGGUUGAUCUUAAACAACGAGAGGACCAAAUCCUGGAAAGUGAGCAUGAGUUAGAAGUUCUGUCAAGAUCACUGAGCGAGAAGGAGAAAGACUUGGUGGAAUUGUCAACUGCUCUUAAAGAAAAAGAUGAAAGUCUUAGAGUUGCUGAAAAUGAAUUUGAGUUAAACAAAAACCUUUUGCUAAAGGAGAAAGAUGAUAUUGAACAAGCCAAGCGAGAUCUGCAGGAGUCUUUGGCAUCUUUGGAAAAUGAAAUAAGACAAGUUGAUAACGCAAAGGAGAGAUUGGAGGUCAUCCAAAGUGAAACAGGCGACUUGUCAAUUUUUGAAGUGAGACUAAAGGAAGAGAUAGAUCUUGUGCGAUCUCAGAAUUUGGAGCUUUUGGCUGAGGCUGAUAAGUUGAAAGCUGAGAAGGCCAAGUUUGAAGCUGAGUGGGAGCUUCUUGACGAAAAAAAAGAAGAGUUGCGGAAAGAAGCAGAAUAUAUUGAAAAUGAAAGGAAGGCUGUUUCCACUUUUAUUAAGAAUGAGCGCGAAAAGCUAAGAGAAGAAAAAGAAAUUUUGCGUAAACAGUACACUCGUGACUUGGGGUCACUUGCCAGUGAACGGGAAAGUUUCAUGAAGAAGAUGGCACAUGAACAUGCUGAGUGGUUUGGCAAGAUGCAGCAGGAGCGAGCAGAUUUUCAGCGGGAUAUUGAGAUGCAAAAAAAGGAGCUGAAUAACCUUAUUGAGAAGAGACGGGAAGAAGUGGAAAGUUAUUUGAAGGAAAGAGAAAAGGCUUUUGAGGAAGAGAAGAACAGGGAGCUACAAUAUAUUGAUGCUCUAAAGGAGAAAGCAGCAAAAGAAUUGGAACAAGUUUCCUUAGAGAUGAAAAGGCUUCAAACUGAGCGGACUGAGAUAAAUUUGGAUCGUGAACAGAGAAAUAAAGAAUGGGCUGAACUAACUGAUUGUAUUAAAGAACUUGAGGUUCAAAGGGAUAAACUACAAAAACAGAGAGAACUGUUGCAUGCUGAUAGAAUUGAAAUUUAUUCUCAGACUGAAGAAUUGAAAAAGUUAGAAGAUUCGAAAGUUGUCUAUGAUGAAAUUGCUAUUGUUGAAAUGCUUAAAUCCGAUAUGGAGUAUAACCAACAGAAAAUAUCUGCAAGGAAAAAUUUAAAGCAUCAGGCUCUUACACAAGAUGGUCGUCUCAGUUCCUGCAAGGGAAUGAAUGCUGAUAGCAUCAGUAAUGGAUUUGAUACUCCAUUAGUGCAGAAGUCAUCAGGUGUUUCUCCUCGUAAUGAUGCUCGUUUCUCAUGGAUAAAACGUUGCACAGAACUGAUAUUCCGAAAUUCUCCUGAUACACAACUCAUGAAAAAAGAAAAUUUGCCUCUGGUUUCUGAUACAAAUACAGAUAGCAACGGGCAAAAGCACUUGGAAAAUGAUCAACCACUUGGUGGUUUUAGCAAUGAACAGCAAAUGGGAUUUUCUUUUGGAGAACCAAAAGUAAUUGUUGAAGUACCCUCUCUAGAUGAAAAUGCUAGCAGAACAAGUGAGUUUGAAUCUGUGACUAAAGAUGUGAAUCGAAAAACUACCUUUUCAGAUGAGCGUCAUGUGGGUAGAGGGAAAAGAGGCAGGGGGAAUUUGAUUACUAAAGUUGGUGAUCCACUUGAAGAUCUGGUGCAGAAUAAGAAACCAAGAGCAGAAGAACGAAUGGCCAACAUUCCUUUGGACCAGGGCACUACCUGCUGUGUGCUUUCAACCUCGUCAGAGAUCCAGCAGGUUUCCAUGCCUUCAAACCAAACACAAGGGAAAAUUGAAGAAACUCGUGUAGUAAUGGUUGACAAGGUUAUUCAUGUUUCAGAAGUGACUUCUGAGAAAGUUGACGCUCUCAUCAUUCCCAAUCAAGAAUCAGGAGAUAAUUUGCAGAGUUCUACGUUGGGAGUGGGUCAAUAUCAUCUUCAUGGAGAAACAAUUGAUCAGCCAAAUUCUAAAACUAGAUCCGAAGAAAUUUUGCCUCGUGGUUCUAGUAUAUUGGAAAACACAGAAGGAAUAUGCAAAGAAAACAAUGAAUGUGUUUCUGAAUACAGGACUAUGGACGUGGGCAUUGGUACUGAAAAAUUAGUUGGUUAAGACAUUAAAUAUAUAUUAGGAGUGUGCGAGGUGUGUCAAUACUAAAUAAUGGCUAGCUGUGGUCAUUUGUUGGAGUGUUGGAGCUGGUUAUGUAUAGAUAAUAGGUGAUGUUUGCUUUGUAUAUACACCUCAUUGAUGCAGUUGCAAAUUGCAAUUAGGAUGAGGGUAGAUAUAAUGUUUCAUGAAAUCAGAAUGGUUCUUACUUCAAAAAAAUGAAGAAAGAUAGUUUUCUAGAUGCAACAUAUUGGUUUUCUGACUAGAUGAGUUCUUCUGCCAUGGUUUUGUUGUUUUCAAAACCAGAUUUGUUUGACACAGUGCUUGUUGUCAUUGUGUGUGUAUACAUUGAUAGUAAUUUUGCGUCUCCGAACACAUGGUGAUCGGAAUCACAAGUGUGUUUGAUAGUUUUUGGUCAAAGAAUCACAAGUAUCUGGAGCUCUUGUUUAUGUUUGGCUGGUUCUUAAUACUGUGCUAGAGCUGGUUGGAUAUUUUUAUCUUGUUAAAGUCACGAGUCUGUAAGUCUCAAGGUAAUUUGAAAAAUAAAGUUUUUUUU